AUUUUUGAUUUGUCCUCUUGAGUUACGGUAGAAUUCAAUUGCCGUGGCUGGUUUGUUUCAACGACAGAAUAGGUUCUAUUCUACACAAAAAAAAAUCGGAAAAUGGCUCACACAAUUUUGCUCAUUCAGCCCGAUGCCCCCAUGUCCAAAACGUAUGCAGACUAUAGCAGUAUCAAAGAGUGCAUGGAAGGUAUUUGCCGGAUCUUCGAAGAGCAUCUUAAAACGUGUCAUCCGAGUAGUCCAUCAAUCACAUAUGAUAUCAGCGAGCUGUUUGAAUUCAUCGAUAACAUGACAGAUAUUUCAUGCCUGGUUCUGGACACAGAGACGAAAUGCAACUACGUACCAAAGAACAAAUUAUGGAUCAAGGAGAAGAUAUAUGUAACGCUAAGCAAAGAAGCAGCCAAGUAGCAUAGCUAAAAACAUCUUCAUCAUGCUGCCUUUCUUCAUGUUUGUAAAUAUCUGUAUAUAUGUACAGGUUUGUAGAAGCAAAACAGAGCAUGUUAGCGUAAAGGUCACCGCACAACUUACGGUCCGCAACCCGAUUUUGGAAUAAGACGUAAAAUUUGAUGCGACUAUUGAGACAUCUUACUGCGUGAAAUUCUAAAUCAUUGUACGAAUACAUGUUCAAAUCUGUGAAUUGAAUAUCUCCUUGUAUUCAUGUCAUGGCAUCAAUUUAUCUUUUACUCCAAAAUAAUGGCUUUGAACCUCAAACAAAAAGAUAUAUUUUAUUCAAAUUUUCAAGAAGCAAUUUGUUCCAAAAAUCGGAUCGUUGAACCAGUUGUAAAGUGUGUGAAAGCCUUUAGUGAACUGAGAUGUAUUCUUCAUGAAAAGAUGUUACACAGUCUGAAAAUAGAUGUAAAAUAGUGUUAAACUCGCAGCCCAAAUUAUUAGGCCUAUUAUUACAUGAUUUUAAUAUGGUUUUCUUUAGAUGAAUAAUGACAAGUUUCUUAAGUACAUGUCGAAUAGCUUAUUCAACUAAGGAGCAAAUGUGAUAAAUUGUAACAUUCCCUUGAGUUUUCUGGAUCAGAUGUUAAUUCUAUUUUUAACAUGAACAUCAUACCCCAUAAGUCUUUACCAAGAUUAAAUAAUCGUUAGAGAUGAUUUGUUCACCCUACAAUUUAAUAAUAAGAUUAGAUGACAUAUGUACAAGUAGGUAAGUAGGACAUCAAAUUUUAAUGAGGAUAAAAUAAUAAAUAUAUAUAUAAAUUUUAGAGCAAAUUGUACAAUUUUGCAAAACAUAAUGGGUAGGAGGCACAAAAAUGAGUUUUUCCUGGAAUUCCUUGUUCUCAAUCAUAGAAUGGGCUGAAAACAGGGUUGGAAAUCAUUCUUUUUCCCCCUCUACAUUUGGGGCAUUUCUUUAAUUUUAAGGGUGACUUUUUAAUGGUAACAAGCAAUCAUGCAGUAAAAGCAAAUAUCAUUAUUUUGCCAUAAGUUAGAAUAUUGAUUUUCUGAAUAUUGUUUACGACAGAUCUUGAGGCGACCCGAGAAGGAAAGGUCACCCCACAUGCUUUUGUGGGGCAAAAUCACUGUCGCCCUCGUGUGUCUCCUACGCUGGCUUUAAAUUUCCUUUAGUGUGUUUCUAUUUUUUGUAGGAAUUUAAGAAUGUUCCCAUUUCUUUGUUGUUGGGGUUGAGGAAAACAAGUGUAGUGACAGUGUGCUUCUACCUGGGUAUUGAUAAAGCUGUGAAGAAGUGGUAAUGGAAAAUUACUACUAUGCUUUUCACACUUCACUUUUUUUCCCUUAACCCCGGGAAAUUGGUGGGGCUAAGGGGGGGUCUUAGCCCCACCAAUUUCCUGGGGUUAAGCUUAGCCCACUUCGUUUUUACACUACAUUUUAGCAAAGUGGGCUAGCACGGUAAAUAGUACGGUACUAUCUGGCCCUGCAAAAAAGCAGGGUUAGCCAGCUUAUUGUGGUGCUAGCACCACAAUUGCGGUGCUAAGAGAUGCAGUGUGAAAACGAAAUAUGUGUAUCAUUAUUUCCACAGUGGGCCCUGUAUUCAGUAAGAGAAGCAAAAGAUUAUUGUGACAUCACUAAAAUAAAGCCUUGUUUGUGGUAGCAUGCUAGUCAAUUAUUUUGGUUUAAUUAGAAUUGAAUACUGGACCCAGGUGCUGUAUUAGUUCUCUGCACAUUAAGAACAUGGUUUGUUAGUCGAUUAUGAGAGUUGUGAAAGUAUGGUGAUCAUCAAAGAAUAAGGAUGAAUUGUUUGUAAUUGUUAGAUUUUCUUAACUUUUAUCAUGGGAAAAUCAUAAUAUAUAUGUUUAAGUCAGGAAGUACAUGUAGUCUACACAAAAAGGAAUUUCGAAGUUUAUUUUCAAACUUCCUCCUCUCUUUUUUGUAAGGUAGUUGUUAAGAAUGGUUUUGAAAUUGAGAUUAAGUUCCAUUGUACCUCUGAUUUUGAUAAUUAAAUGCUCAUGUAAAGCAA